AUGGGACGUCAGGUACGAGCAGACGAUGUGGUUCGUAGUACAGAUACUACCGAAGAAAUUCAAGUCGAGACAUCCGACAUCUCAAAUAAAUUUAAAUUUUUUGAGACAUAUAAAGAACCGGAGAAAGAAAGAAAGCAGUUCAGAAUAACGCCACCACGUGAUGGACAAGUUAAGAAAUAUUACGUUGUUUUUUGUAAAAUAUCAACAGGAAUACGCUACGGCGCUACAAAUCUAAGUAAUGUUCCCGCUGCUCCAGGAACCACAGACAUUCACAUUGGCGGGUCAAAACGCGCUGGUUAUUCAACGGCUCCAAAUAAUACCAGCAAGUUUCAUCCUUACGGCCGCUAG